UCAUUCUCUUAACAACGUAUACAUAAAGUUUAUAUUCUUCUUCGCAUGCUGUGACCACAUUUGAACCAUGAUAAACUCUGUGUUAGCGAUAAAUCCACUGGCUAGUGUAAUUUUCUUAUAGUUCGCAAUAAAGCUAAGGAAAAAGUAUCGAAGACCAAAUUUUGAUCGUACUUUUUUUGAAAAAUAUUACAAUGAAGUGUGUAAUUUUAUUGUGUGUUGUUGUUUUAGUUCUAACGUGUGCUUCAGCGAAGAAACAUAAAGACAAUAAAGAAAUAUCGAUAAAAAAAGCUUAUAAAGAAUGCCAGAAAAACGAAACCACCCAUUUAGAUAAACAAGCUUUAAGAAAAUAUAAAAAGAAGCAAGUGACAACACUUCCUGAAAACUAUGGAGAACAUGUACUAUGUUUAUAUAAAGUGAUGGGUAUUAUUAGCGAAGAUGGAACGAUUAACAAAGACAACUUGAAGAAGAGAAUUGAAAAGAAAGCUGAAACAGAAGACAAUGUAGACCUGAUAUUAGAAGAGUGUGGAGCUAGUCAAUCAGAUCCCAAACAAACUGCAAUUAACUUAGACACAUGCUUGAACAAAAACAAAAUUCAUUAAGAUAAUAUUCAUUACAUUUUUGUUUAUGGAUAUAAAAUUAGAAAUAUAUUUUAAUAUGAAAUAUCAUUUCUUAAACUAAAAAAAUAUAUAUUUAUAAAAGUUGUAAUUUAGGAUAUUAUAGCUGUAGGUGUUACUUUUAAGAUUAAGAAUUUUAUUUAAUUUAAAUGAAAGGAAAGAAAUCGGCAUUAUUCUCUUCUGAUAGCUUAUUGUGUUGAUAAUAUUAUAAUU